AUUCCUUUUAGUCACACUACAAACUCAUUUCUUCCUACAAAGAACAUAACAAACUUAAACAUGCAAGUCAGAAAUUUCUCCCAGCUUUUCCUUGUCUUUGUUGUUGUCUUGUCUUCAAAACAAGAAAAUGUCAACAGCGAUCCUUCCGUGGAUGAACUAGCACGUCACGCUGGUUAUUACACACUGGAGCAUUCAAAACCAGCAAGAAUGUUCUACUUCUUCUUUGAGUCAAAGAACAACGUUACCGAUCCAGUUGUACUCUGGCUAACCGGUGGACCGGGUUGCAGUGGCAGUGUGGCUCUGUUCACUGAGAACGGUCCAUUCGCUAUCUCGGAGAAUCUCUCCCUCUCUUGGAACCCGUAUAGCUGGGACAAGGUCUCUAAUAUAAUUUACGUCGACCAACCAGUUGGGACUGGUUUCAGUAACAUAUCGGACACUAGCCUUCUCCGUCACGACGAGACUGGCGUGAGCAAUGACCUUUACGAUUUUCUUCAGGCUUUUUUCAAGGACCAUCCACAACUCCAGAAAAAUGAUUUCUAUAUUACCGGUGAAUCGUAUGCUGGUCAUUACGUUCCCGCUUUAGCUUCUCGCAUUCGCAGUGGAAACAAGAACGAUGAAGGGAUUCCAAUAAACCUUAAAGGUGUUGCGAUUGGUAACGGUCUAACCAACCCAGAGAUCCAGUAUGGAGCAUAUGCAGACUAUGCACUGGAGAUGAAGUUAAUCUCCCAGUCUGUUCAUGAAAGUCUCAAACAAGAUUACGUAGACUGCCAAAGUUCCAUAAGAAUAUGCAGUAAUUUAUAUAAACACCACCAUUUCAAUUAUAUCGGAUUUGGUUCUGACCUUUUUUUUAAAGAUAUUCUUAUUUUGUUAUUUUCAGAUCGUGAUGGUGGUUUAGCUUGUAAUUCUUCUUACUAUAUCUGCAACCAAAUUCCUGAGCAGAUUCUUUCAGAAAACGAAGGCAUAAACUACUACGACUUGAGGAAAAUAUGUGUAGGAGAAAUGUGUUAUGACAUUUGGAAUGUGCAAACAUUCUUGAACCAAGAAAACGUACGGAAAGCUUUAGGAGUUGGAGACAACAAAUUUGAGUUGUGCAGUGGUAAUGUUAAUGACGCAAUGGUUGUGGAUUGGAUGAUUAAUAUUGAGGUUAAGAUUCCAGCUCUUGUCGAAGAUGGAAUCAAUCUUCUAGUUUAUGCAGGGGAAUAUGAUCUUGUUUGCAAUUGGCUUGGAAACUCCAGGUGGGUUGAGCAGAUGAAUUGGUCAGGGCAGAAAGAAUUCGGAUCAGCCAAGACAGUGGCAUUCCUGGUAGAUGGUAAAGAAGCCGGUUUGAUGAAGAAUCACGGUCCUCUCACUUUUCUUAAGGUUCAUGAUGCUGGACACAUGGUCCCGAUGGAUCAGCCAAAAGCUUCCUUACAAAUGCUCCAGACUUGGAUGCAAGGAAGGCUUUCUACUCCAACGGAUCCUCAGUGAUUAUUAUGUUUCUAAUGUCUAAGCGAAUAUAAUUCUGCUUAGUCUCUUGACUUUCUUAGAAGUUUUCCAAGCAUGACUGUUGAGAUGGAUUAAUAAUGAAUGAUAUAUAUUGAAGAUUAAGAAAAAAAAAUGCUCUCGUUAUAUUUAAAC